UUCUUGAGGGUGAUGCAAACGGCCCAUGCAGAAGUCAGCAGACUUGUCAUAAUGAUGAGCGAAAACAAGUUAAAAAGCAAAUUUUUGAAUCUGUUCACAAGAAAGAAUGAACCUGUGACAGCUUAUAAAAGACCAGCAAAAGAUGUUACUGCAGUUUUUACUCCCGAAAUAUUGAAGGAUAUUGGACCUGGUAGUCCAGGCAACAACCGAAUAAAGACUAUCAAGGAACUUUCAGAUGUUGUCCUGAAAAAGAAGUUAGAGCCAUCUGCCAUUGAGGCAGUAUGGUUCAGUAUCAAGGACCUCUAUCAGCCCCAGGCCGUUGCGGAGAAGAGACACGUGGCCAUUCAUUUCCUGCAGAGUUUGAUGGAAGGACAGUUCAACAACCUUGGCAUUUUGAGAUUGCAUAUUUUUAAUGUCAUCCAUGGUUUAACACUUCCUGAGAACAUAACAGAAAAGCUGACCCUGGUGAAGAUCCUCACAGAGAAUGGCAAGAGUCUUCUGGAGUUUGAGGACUCAGCAGGGAGGGUGUUCCUGGAGUGGUUUCCAGAAAUGGUAAAUGCUGGAAAAGUCACAGAGUUCUUGCCCCUGCUCAUCAGUAUAAUUAAAUUCAAUGCCGCUUAUAUGGAUGAAGACAUCAUAGCCGGCUUUGUAAGAGAGACAUGUAAAGUCUGCAACCGACCAAAAAAUCAGGAGAGUGAUAUAAAGCUGUGCCUAGACGUGCUGGACGUGGUACUGUGCUACAGCUACCUGCCUGUGGAGACUCUAUAUGAGGUGGUGGCAGCACUCUGUAGGAUGGUCAACACAGCAAAGUACUGUGAACACAGCUGGAAUUUGAUGAGGAAGUUGCUGGGGACUCAUCUAGGACACAGCUGUAUACAUGCCAUGUGCAGCAUGCUACAGUCAAGGUCCUAUCCAAUAGAUCACCAUCUACUGCGUGGUGGUAUCUUCUAUAUUGGCAUGGCACUGUGGGGUUCAGGUAAAGUGCAGAAGCUACAACACACACCGGCUGCUGUCCUACCUUCCUUCCUCCAUGUGCUGCAGCUUGGCCAUCCUAUCACGAGCUAUGAGGUCACCCUGUCCGUACAGAGGCUAGUCAAGAAGUAUGGCAAGGACCUGCCUAGCUCUACCUGGGACAUCGUCCUUGAUAUUCUAGAAACACUGCUCAGACUACUAGAGAAUGCCCAGGACUUAUCUGCUAACCCGCGUAUCUACCCUGACCUGCAUGACACCUUGACUACCAUAGAACAGCUGCAUGAGAACGGUUGCUACUCUGGAUCACUGGAGAGGCUCUUCAGAAUUAUUGAAAUGUGCACUGCAAAGAGGCCUGAGCCAUCUGUGAUCCUUCUGAUCAGCCAUCUUGCUCAAGAUAUCAGCCCUGGGUCUGAGAACUGGAUUCACAACCUCUGUCAGCUGCUGGAAAAAUAUCUUAGGACUGAAAGAAGAACAAAGAUCCGAUUGAAAGCCCUUGAAGUGCUCUCCUUUGUUCUCAGUGUCAACAAGCACCUGGCUGAGGAGGAGCUUGUUCACAAUGUUGUGUUGCCACACCUAUGCCAUGUGGACAAUGAAACGGAUGUGCAUGUUCGGAAGUCUGCCAUAGAAAUCUUGCUCAGCCUGGCUCAUGGUUGUUCAAUGAUGUACUUUCUAGACAUUAUCUCCAUUGUAGAGAAGGUCUUCUGUCGCUCAAUGAUGGGUCUUCACGUUGCCCCAUUUGUUGGUCCUGAAACAGUGGAGGUUUUCUCAGAUGAGACAGACCUUAUUGACAUCAAAGCUGCAGUUGGUCCUCUUGUUAAACUGUUUAAGUCAAAGUUGUACACAUAUCCACCUGGCCUGUGUAUACGCCUGUACCAACUGCUGAUAAGUCAUCUGGCAGGGCAUUACUCAAGUCCUAGGGACUACUGCAGUCACACAGCCGCCUCUGUGAGAAAAUCGAUCAUAGAGUGCCUUCUGAGCCUGCGCGCAGAUGUGCACCAGAUGGUCGGAGUGUGUGAGAGGUCCAGUGACAACCCUCUGCUCUUCAGUCCCUAUGUCACCUGCUACAAGAGUGAGGAGCCUGGCCAGCCCCCAAGCCCCACCCCUGGGUCAGCAGUACCCACUCCACACUGGGCCUCACUAACCUACCUGGACUACACACAGUCAUUCACCCUCUUCAUGCAGUGCCUUGAAAAUGAGAGGGACUGGAGUGUGCUGGUGUGUGUCCUGGACAAUCUGCCCCGGCUGUUACAGAACAAGACCAUCAUCCUGUCUGCCAAACACACCCUGGUGGAUACCCUGUGCUGUAGACUCUGUGCUAUGAUCACAGAUCGUCAGCUGGGUUUCCUAGAGGAACUUGAUGCCAUUCCCAACGAUUUCACUCGCUCUGAUUUCCAUGCGGCCGUCUUCCCAGUAUUGGGUGCUAUGACUACAUACCAUAACUUCCUGGAAAGAAGAAGACAGAAGGACCUCAUCAAGUGUCUGGAGUUUGGCAUGGUGUCCAAGUGUGCUAAGCUGUGUGUGAACGCCCUCCGUCUGAGUACCCUUGAGAUGCAGGAAGUGAUGAUGCGUCUCCUGCCCUCCGUUCUCCUGCAGCUCUCCAAGAUCUCCGCAACCAUGACAAUGGCAAUUCCUGUGCUGGCCUUCCUGUCUAGUAUUGUGCGUCUUCCCAAGAUGUAUGUGAACUUUGUAGAGGAUGAGUACCUCAGUGUGUUUGCCAUCGCUCUGCCCUACACCAACCCUUUCAAGUUUAGUCACUACACUGUAUCCUUGGCUCAUCAUGUGAUCGCUAUAUGGUUCAUCAGGUGUCGACUCUCAUUCAGAAAAGAUUUAGUUCCCUUUAUUCAAAAAGGUUUGAAGGCUAAUGUGCUACAGCAGUUUGAGGACAAUGCCCGGAUGGUUUUAGCCAAUCAGAACCAGGACUCAUCUGAACGUGUCAGAUCUGGCAGCUAUAGUGAGGCGGCUUUAAGGAGUCGGCGGCGUAUGCAGUCUGGUUCUGCCAUCUCCCGUAGUGAUGUGCACGCGCCAGUAGAUGAGAAGCUGGCACAGUUCCACCGGGAGCUCACAGAAACCUGCACAGACAUGAUGGCCAGAUACACCUUUGGAAACUUCUCAGCUUUGCCACAUAGAUCCCAUAUGGCUGAGUUCUUAUUGGCUGGAGGUCAGAGCCAGACCUGGCUGCUAGGUAACAAACUGGUUACCAUCACAACCAGUGGUAGUGGCAAUAAGGCAGCAAAUUUGGAUGUCUGUGAGAAGUGCCAGGCUAUGUACCAGCAACAUAUUGACCAAAGGGAGCCAAAGUCUGGGCGCAGAAGGCAUCGGUCAGCUGUUGUGUUCAGUCGCAGUACUAGCUGUGUAGACGACAGCCGAUGUUCCAGUCAGGAUGACAUAACGCUGAUGUCACGCACAUCCCAGGACGACACUACACUGGGUCUUGACCUGACAGGACAGGAUGUGGCUGUGCAGACUGGUGCCUCACUAAACAAACAACCUGGGCUCUUUGAGAGUGAGCCUCUCGAAUCUCUAAUUUUAGGUAUAAAGGGUGUGGACCUGGCCAACUUCAAUAUGGAGGUGUGUAACUGCUGGUGCACCAACUGGGCCGAGAUCUAUAUCAGAGCCCCCAGUGGCAACCUCUCUUGGAUGAUGAGGAUUGAAAAUGAGGCCAGCAUUUCGAAUAUGGCAGAAAACCAGGUACCGGACAUCACAAUGCUGUUUGCAUCCAUGGGUAAGAAGCGACAGCGUGACACAGUGGCCCGACACAGUCACCGUAUUGAGAGUGGCAGCAUUGGGGAGGAGGAGUAUGAGACUCUCUACAAACAGCACUUUGAGACCAGAAAACAGGAGUCACACUUAAUUGGGAUAGACCUGCCUCAGAUCCAAGAGACCAGCACAUAUGAGAGGCCAGGGAGCUUGAGCCUGGAUGGAACGUCCCUCAUGGAGGUGAGCACCAACAGUCUGGGCUUUGUGCCCUCCACCACUACCUGUCUACCAGCAGACACUGAGCAAGAUGGGCAUCAGGCAACCCCUGCAUUGUCCAUCCCAUCCUCGGACAGUGCCAAGAACCAUGACAUCCAGCUGGGAUCACUGAGACGCACUAACUCCUCCCCUUCUGUCCUCAGUGGCAGUGGCGACACCCUGUCACCACGUGAUAGCAUCUCUGAUGUUGUUCAGUUCAGCCAACACCAAAGGCAAGAAAAACUGAAGUCUUACACAAAGUCUUUAGAGCCAAUUGCAUCAAGUAGCUCUAGCAGCAGUGGCAAAGGUUACCAGGAAUCUAGUUCCAAUGCAACUAGUGUCAGUAAAGACAGUAUAGUGCCUGAAAUGGCACCACAGAAACAUUUGGACUUUAAAGAGAGUGAUAAAUCGUCACAGUUUGAUAGUGUGCAAGUCAAGCAAACUGUUAACAAAGAGUUUACAAGUAUGCUGACCAAGCAGUUAAGUCCAUCACCUGCGAGUUCAGAGGCCAGCUCUAUCCUUGAUGAAGUUGGAGAGUUGCCCAGCAACUUGAAACGCCAGCGAGGUCACACUGUAGCCACGGUUACCCCAGCCAUGCCCAGUCAGCAGUGCGGGCGACAGAAUGGCAGAGGGACAGAGAACAAAGAGCCGUUUAAAGUUGGCAUCAGCCCAAGCUUUGUCUUCCUGCAGCUGUUUCAUAAUGGACAGCUGCAAGUAAAUGAACCUCCACUACUUCUGCCUAAUAAUGAGGCCACACAGCGAGCAAUGAAGAUUCUGGAUCACACUCUGCCCUACGACACACACACUAUCGGGGUCAUCUAUGUUGGCAGGAAUCAGACAAAAGAUGAGAAGGCAAUCAUGUCCAACCAGUACGGCUGUGUGCGCUACAUGCGAUUCAUCCAGUCCCUGGGCUCGUUGCUACGCCUUAGAGACUGUGACCCCAAGCAGGUGUACCUGGGGGGCCUUGACACACAGGGUAGCGAUGGGGAGUUCGCAUAUCGCUGGCAGGACGAGUCCACACAAAUGAUAUUCCACAUAGCAACCCUGAUGCCAAACAAGGAGUCCGAUGUGAACUGCAACCAGAAGAAGGCCCACAUUGGUAACGACUACGUUACUGUUGUCUACAAUGAUAGCGGAGAGGAGUACAAGAUUGGGGUCAUCAAGGGGCAGUUCAACUAUGUGAACAUUGUGAUCAAGCCACUAGACUAUGAUAGCAAUGCUAUCACUUUGCAGGCAAAGGAAGUUCCAUUUCAAGACCAAGUAACAACAGAUAUUGCUGGUAUCCUGGGUCACACAGACACCAAAAUCAUCUCUGAUGGUAACCUGGCAACUCUGGUCAGACAGAUUGCAAUCCAUAGCAACCUUGCAUCGAUGGUACUUAACAGACAGGCAAUGCAGCCAAAUGACCCGUAUGCCAACAACUGGCUGGAGAGGUUGAGGAAGAUACGUCGACUUCGCGCAAACUUGGACCAUCGUCCCAGUGAGGAUUCACCCACCAGGACGCUAGAUGACUUCACCCAGUUUGUAUAGGAAGCACUGACUGAAUUUUACUACAUGCUUGUGUUGUAUGCUGAUUAUACCAAGAAUCAGACAUUGUCUCACAUAAUGUGUGUAACUCAUUGGUGUACAAGGUGAACUGUUGAUAAAAAAAAGUCCAUAAUCGCAGAAUGUAUCCCGAUGAUUACUCUAAAGCUUUUUUGGUCAAAGUUUUGGUACCAAUGCAGAAACUGAAGUUUAAAGUACUAUUUGUUAUGUUAUAGAUGUGAAAAAAAGGGUUAAUGGGGAACAGGGUGCUGGUAGUCCUUUGUUAAGUGAGCUAAUCCUGUCAUUUAUGUUAUUUAUUCCUGGACCAGGGUUUUUUCUCAGCAUUUUGGGAAGAUUGCUUUGAAAUUGGGAAUUUUAUCAGCAUUUCCAAUCAUCUUCAUGAGGGAAGCAUUUAGUGAUUGUCCUGUCCAGCCAUGACAGGUUAUGUACAUGUAGAUUCUACCAUUUCGACUUAACACCCCUUUCUUUAAGUCUUUGAUACUUUCACAGUUGUUGACUUUUACCUAACCACCCAUAUAACCAAACCUCACUGUAAUCAUGACCUGAUUUGAUUAACCAUUGACUCCACCUUAUUUGGACUUAAACUAUUUUAAACCAAUUGUUUUAUACAGCCUGUGUUGCUACAACGCUUAGAGUCUUAUAUAAUGAUUGCUUACCGGUAUGGCGCUGUACCAAUCCUGGGCACAUUGGUUGUAAAACCAUGGUUAAUCGUUUUAAUAUCUACUUGUGAGUAUUACAGUUAACCCCUUUUUGCCGCAAUUUGUACCUUGUAUAAAUUCACAAAAGUACAAGGUGAACUUUUGUGGCCACCUUCAGUCAGUUGUCUGUGUGUGUCAUGCUGUUGAAUCAAAUGACAUCUCCCACACUAUUGGGAAGAUUUUAACAAAACGGGAAUGAUCCUUGGUGGACCCUCUUUCAAAGUUGAUGAAACAACGCUGAAAAUUGAUUUUACAAGAGCUACGAAUAGUUAGAAGUCAUAUCUACAUUACUCACUCAAAUAUCAGCGUAUGUGUCCCCGUUAUUCUCUGGUUAAUAUGCAAUCCCUCCAUUUAAUUGUCGUCAACAGGUAUUGAAUUAAAACUUCAAACAUGUGUUUGGGGUCAUUGUGCGAGGCCUGUGACAAAAUUCCAUAAAUCUGGAAUGCAAUUUAGUCAUGCCACUUUUGAACUGAGAAUUAGUUAUGAUAAAUGCGCAAGAUCUCUAUAUUACUGUAACUACUGCAGAUAUUCAACUGAACAUUCACUCUAGUUCUUGGGAUCAUCAUGUGAGGUCAUCCAACAUGAGCCAUUUCUCUGAGAUGCAAGUUGAAAUGGAGAUAAAAAAAAUCUGGACUUCAUAUUUUGUACAAAGAGACAUAAUUCUGCUUAAACUCCUUGCAGCAAAAUUCCUUAUGAUAACGUACACAUUAAGGCCAUUAGACCUUUAGAGUUCACACAAGCUUCAGGAAAUAGACGGGUGGACACGAGCAAUGCUUCCCAGGGUGGGCAUAAAAAAGAUUAAGUGAUUGGUUUCAAUAUUCAAAUCAUUUGGUGCUCACAUAAGUUCUACCAGAACUCCCACUGUUGCGGCACAAAAAGCCACUGGUUGCUAUUUAGUUGCAAUGAUAUUGAUAAAAGUUACAUGUAUACAAGACAGUAAACUUUCUUUAACCCUGAAUGUUAGAAAAGCUCAUUUUUUUCAUGUAGGUGAUUAUCUGCAUCUAAAAAUGCUAAUUUUUAAGCAAUUACUUUUUCAUCUAUUUUAGUUUUGAUGUUAUUCAUUCAUUUAUGUAAAAACAUGGUAGUCAAAAUAAAUGUUAUUUUCAUUGCAGUCAUCAAGUGAUGACAGAUUCUAUUCAGUUGUGUAAAUUUGUUGAAAGAGGAAGGAAUUUCAUUGUUUACCUUCACAAUUACUCACAUGUGUAAUUCAGUACUAACAAGUACCCUUGUCAUACACGAUACCUCACUUGACCUAACCAAAGAAUAAAAUUACAAUAUAUAUCCAUGAACAUUAGCUUACAUGUAGAUAAUGCUCUUGUUCAUUCAUUGAAGUAUUGACAUUCGGUGUAUUUUGUAGUCUAUUUGAUGAAUACUUACAAAUGAAGCUUGAGUGAUAAACGAAAGAACUAGUGAACAAUGUACACAUGUAAUGUGAGUGGUAUUCAUACAAACUGUUGUUGUGUUUUUGUCUUAUUGUGCCAUAUAGCAGUUUUAGCUCCAAUGUGUAUAUUACCAUCCCUUGGUCCCCUACCUUGACUCGACAGAAUGCUAUACUCAAUAGAAUACAUUGUAUUUUAAAAUUCCAAACAUAAGGUUCCAGUAUAAUCAUGAACAAAUGAAUGUGCAGAGCAGCUCUCUGACUAUGCUUACAGUGGGGGUUUUGGGGGUACAAAACUGCACAAACAUAAAUUGUCCUGCUUUAAUUCAAUAGUUCUUAUUUUUAAGAAAGAAUUAGAUUUGUAAUAUCAGUUUUAAAUGUAUUUUUCGGAGCUGGGAAUAUAUUUGCAAAAGCAUACAUCGUUAUAUGUUUUCAAAUCUGUGCUUGAACUAUUGGACUUCAUUUGUGAAUGCUAGCCUAUAUAUAAAUUGCCUAGGUUUUCCUCUAUGUAUUAUACUGUUAUUUGCAUGUAUUCAUGCAAGUGAUUCACGUUCAUAAUGUGCCAGUCAUAUGAUUUCUAUAGAUUAUUUGUUAAAAUGUUUACCUGGAAAUUAUUGGUGAAAUAAAUAUUAAUGAUUAA